AUGGCUAUAUAUCAUAGCAUGUUGUUCCGCCUUACGGCAGUACUACUGUUUGUGCAGUACUGCCAGGCGAAAACAGUGCAUCUGGAUUUCAACGUCACCUGGGUCAAUGCCAACCCCGAUGGUCUCCAUGAGCGCAAGGUGGUAGGUAUCAACGGCCAGUGGCCGCUACCUGUCAUCGAGGUGGACAAGGGAGAUCGUCUGAUUGUCAAUAUGUAUAAUGGACUUGGAGACAAGGAAACUUCCAUCCAUUGGCACGGAAUGUUUCAAAAUGGAACCAAUAACAUGGAUGGUCCAUCGAUGGUUACCCAAUGCCCUGUCCCUCCUGGUGCCUCAAUCACCUACGACUUCACCAUCCCUCAAAACGGUACUUACUGGUACCAUUGUCAUACCGACUCUUGCUACCCAGACGGCUAUCGACAGGCUUUGAUUGUGCACGAUGAUCAGUCAUAUUUCAAUGAUAUGUAUGACCAUGAGCUUACCGUCACGAUGAGUGACUGGUACCAUGAGUUGAUCGAGGAUAUUCCGUUCAUUCGUGUAGAGAAUCCGACAGGAGCUGAGCCUGUUCCGGAUUCCUUCCUCUUCAAUGACACUUUGAAUACCAAGAUUCCCGUCGAAGCUGGAAAGACCUAUUUGAUGCGAUUGAUCAAUAUUGGUGCCUUUGUGGCGCAGUACUUCUACAUCGAAGAUCACACUUUCCGCAUUGUGGAAAUCGAUGGAGUUUACGUUGACGAGCAAGAAGCCGAUACACUUUAUAUCGCGGUUGCGCAACGUUAUUCAAUCCUGGUCACCAUGAAGAAUUCGACGGAUAAAAACUAUCCGAUCGUGACCGUUGCCGACUCGAACUUACUGGAUGUAAUCUUGCCUUCUCUCCAGCUUAAUCAAACCAACUGGCUCGAGUACAAUAGCAGUGCGGCGCACCCGCAAGCUGUGAUGAAGGUGGAUGCUUCCUCCGAUCUUGUCCCUUACGAUGACAUGAAACUUGUUCCUCAUGACCGGAUGCCGCUUCUCCCAGACCCCGAUAUGACUAUCGAGAUUGACGUGAUUAUGGAUAAUCUGAAUAACGGCGCUGGUUAUGCCUUCUUUAACAAUAUCUCCUACACAAGACCCAAGGUCCCGACAUUAUACUCGGUUCUCACAUCUGGGGACUACGCCACAAACGCGGCGAUCUACGGAGAAUUCACCCAUCCGUAUAUUUUUGAGCACAACGCAGUCAUCGAGGUUGUUCUCAAUAACCUAGACGGUGGUUCACACCCCUUCCACUUGCACGGGCACAACUUCCAGCUCGUCAGUCGCACACCCUCAUAUGGUCCUUCUUUCAAUGACUAUGCCGACGGUGACCCACUCCCUUUCAACGCUACCGAAACCCCCUCCAGUAGCUUCCCGAAAUACCCUGCCCGCCGAGAUACCUUCGUCGCACCACCCCAGGGCAAUUUUGUUAUCCGUUUUGUCGCAGAUAACCCUGGUGUUUGGUUGUUCCACUGCCACAUCGACUGGCAUAUGUCGCAAGGCUUGGCGAUGUCAUUCAUCGAAGCCCCGAAGCAACUUCAAGAGCAAAUGUCGCUGACUGAGAGCGAGAUUAACAUUUGCAAGGCUGGCAACUUGUCCUACGAAGGCAAUGCUGCCGCUAACACGGAGAACUUGCUCGACCUGACUGGUCAAAACAAGCAGCUUCCGUGGUUACCUUCUGGAUUUACGGCAAGGGGAAUUGUCGCAAUGGUUUUCUCCUGUGUGUCUGCUUUCCUGGGUAUGGCGUUUAUCACUGUCUAUGGCAUUUCGGGCAUCCAACCUAAGGAGACUACUGUGGUUACCGAGCGUGAUGAUUCAUGA